ACCAUAUAUUUAAACUCUUUCUAUUUUUAAUCAUAUUGUUAUAUAUAUAGUUAAGAUCAAGAAUUCAACAUGUAUUAUUGUGAUCAUAAAAAGGACAACAACGAUGGUAGAGCUGAGCAUAGUUACAUGGAAACUGACCCAACUGGUCGCUAUGCCAAGGUUGGAGGUAUUCUUGGAAAAGGGGCAAUGAAAAUAGUGUAUAAAGCCAUUGAUAAGGUCCUUGGAAUAGAAAUAGCAUGGAACCAAGUCAAACUCAAUGAAGCACUUCGUACGCCAGAGGACUUAGAAAGGCUUUAUUUAGAGGUUCAUCUCCUCAGUAACCUCAAACACCAAUCCAUCAUGCAAUUCUAUACCUCGUGGAUUGAUGUCGACAACCGAACUUUCAACUUCAUUACAGAAAUGUUCACUUCUGGAACACUUAGAGAAUACAGGAAGAAAUAUAAGCAUGUAGACAUGCAAGCAAUAAAGAGUUGGGUUCGCCAAAUCUUACACGGUCUUGUUUAUCUACAUGAGCAUGAUCCUCCGGUAAUUCAUAGAGACCUCAAGUGCGAUAACAUAUUUGUCAAUGGCCAUCUUGGACAAGUGAAAAUUGGUGACCUGGGUCUAGCAGCGAUUCUUCGUGGUUCGCAGCCGGCACACAGUGUUAUUGGAACUCCGGAGUUCAUGGCACCAGAGUUGUACGAAGAAGAAUACAAUGAACUUGUUGAUGUGUACUCAUUUGGCAUGUGUGUUUUGGAAAUUAUGACAUCAGACUAUCCAUAUAGUGAGUGUACUAACCCGGCACAAAUAUACAAGAAAGUGACAUCGGGUAAGCUACCAGCAACACUUUUCCGAAUUGAAGAUGCAGAAGCACGAGAGUUUAUUGGAAAAUGCCUAGUAAAUGCAGCAAGGAGACCAUCAGCAAAAGAACUGUUGCAUGAUCCAUUUCUUGUGUCUGAUGAUGAAUCAUCGAUAACAGUAAGUGGUAUGCAGGAUCCAUUUUUAAACUACACUGAAAUGGAUAAACUUCAACUGAGGGGCGAUUCAGCUAGGGCUUCAAUGUCAAUAACUAGGAAGCGAAAUCCUGACGGUGAUGCUCUCUUUCUCAAAGUGCAGAUUGUUGACAAGAACGGUUCUGCUAGGAAUGUAUAUUUCCCCUUUGACAUUUUCACUGACACCCCAAUUGAUGUUGCGAAGGAGAUGGUAAAAGAGUUGGACAUCACAAAUUGGGAUCCUUCUGAAAUUGCUACUAUGAUUGAAGCAGAGAUAUCAAUGCUACUUCCAGAUAGGACGAACAGUUAUCAAGACGACGAGAAUAAUGCAAGUCCUCGUCGUUAUCAUCAUUUUCCCUCUGUCUCUUCUGUUUCAUCGUCACAAGAAUCAUUGUCGGGUGCAGUCAAUAGAGUUGAUGACAUAUCAAAUGGAUAUCGCUGGCACCCUGAUGAUACGUUUGAUUAUGACAGCUCGUUAUGCUCUUCAUAUACAUAUUCCGACUUGAAUUUUUGUUCUGUGGACGACCAGUAUCAUAACGUGGCUUCUACAAGAAACAAUAAACAUCCCAUCAUGAGUCACAAGUGUACAAGGUUUUCACAUGGUGAAGAUCAACUCACUUUGAACCGGUGCAAAAUUUUAGCUAAACCACAAGAACCUUCUACAAGUGAAUGUGAGAGGAUGAUAGAGAAUCGUAUAUUAACGAGGAAUAAGUCACUAAUUGAUAUGAGGAGCCAAUUACUUCACCGAUCACUUGUUGAAGAGGUAAACAAAAGACGGUUAUUCAAGACAGUUGGAGCUGUGGAAGAUAUUGGAUAUCAAACACCUUAUAAGAUUAAAAGCAAAAAGUCACAACUGAGGAGUCAAUAAUUAGUCAUUAAUUAGUGUCUUUUAUUUAACAUUUAAGUUUAUUUUAACUAGAUUCAAGAUGUUUUUAUUUCCUUCUAGAACUAUUUUACUUCAA